UGGGAAUCCGAUAGAACCGAACAUCGACAGGGUUGCAUUUGCCAAUAGUUUUCAAGUUUUGGGGCUAAUGUUGUUCCCCAAAUAAAAUUUUUACAUUAAGUGUGUGAGAACGCGAACGGUUGCCUGCUGCCUGCUUGUGGGUGGAAGCGAGUGCGCGAACAAAAAGGGCGAAACGCGAACGCGAAUAGAAAAGGAGCAGAAUUACACAAGUUGGAAAAACGUUUUUGAGACCGAAUAUUGAUUUUUUCAUAGAAUCAGUCGCGCGGAUGUUGCCGUUGUCCGUUUCUGUGGAAAGAUCAGUGCUGUGAUAGAUAACAGUAAAGAAAAGCAAUUGAAAAGCGUGCAGUAUUUGCCCACUCCACUGCUAGUCCCAAAGUCGACCCAUUUCUGCCAGGAGGAGAGACACCAACACCCCCACGCACACACAAACAGACACACGGCCCACCACGAGCGUCAGGAGGAAGCUCCGUUUGUUUUCGUAUUUCGUUUUGUUAAUCCGAAGACCCGAAGCAGGCUAAGUAUUCAAAAUUAAGGCAAAAAGUCAAGAGAGCAAACGAGCUGAAAAUAUUCAGACAAGAUAAGAAAAGACAGAGAAAUUAAGCAAUGCCCCAAGCAGAGGGCGGCUAUGUAUCGCUGCCGGCUGUGAAUGGCAAUGGCAGCGCCAUCUAUCAGUCGACCACCGAGCCCUCAGCCCCGCCCUCUGUAUUCGAGAGUGUCAAGCGGGUGAUCGGGCAGGCGAUCAAAUCGACGCCCGGGGACAGCGAGGAGUUGUUGCGCUCCGAGCGCCAGCCGGUCAUUGUUGGCGGUGUCAGACUCUCUUUCAGAGACCGCGACAAAACUGGUAAGACUCUGAACACCAAGAUGCCGUCAGCACCGACACACACUGCCGAGGAGGCACACCUGCUGGGCACCAUGCCCGUUGACCCCAUGGACGACAUCGAACUGCGCUCCGUGCAGCUGCACUUCCCGAACGCACGAGGCUCCAUCCUGGAGGCCUGCGACCAGCGCCGUGUGCCCACAGACAAGGGCGACAUACACGUGGCCAUACAGGGCGAUACCUCCAAGCCGGCCAUCGUCACCUAUCAUGAUCUGGGCCUAAACUAUGCCACCAGCUUCGCUGGCUUCUUCAACUUCCCAGUGAUGCGGGGCCUGCUGGAGAACUUCUGUGUGUACCACGUGACGGCACCCGGUCAGGAGGAGGGUGCCCCAGCAUUGCCAGAGGACUACGUGUAUCCAACCAUGGAUGAGCUGGCCGCCCAGCUGCUGUUCGUGCUGUCGCACUUUGGAUUGAAGUCCGUGAUUGGAUUCGGAGUGGGAGCUGGAGCCAACAUCCUGGCCAGAUUCGCCCACGGCCACCCGGACAAGGUGGGGGCACUGUGCUUGAUCAACUGCGUGUCCACGCAGUCGGGGUGGAUCGAGUGGGGCUACCAGAGCUUCAACGCCCGCUUCUUGCGCACCAAGGGCAUGACUCAGGGCGUCAUUGACUAUCUGAUGUGGCACCACUUUGGACGCAAUCCGGAGGAGCGUAACCACGACCUGGUGCAGAUGUAUAAGCAGCACUUUGAGCGUGCCGUCAACCCGACUAACCUGGCCAUGCUCAUCAACGCAUACAUCCAUCGCAACGACCUGCACCUGGCGCGCACUCCGCCAGGCACCCCGGGCACGGAGACGGCGGCCACCACGCUGAAGAUGCCUGUUAUCAACAUCACGGGUUCGCUCUCGCCGCACGUGGACGACACGGUCACCUUCAAUGGUCGCCUGGACCCCACAAACUCGUCCUGGAUGAAGAUUUCCGAUUGCGCUCUGGUGCUCGAGGAGCAGCCGGCCAAGCUGGCCGAGGCCUUUCGGCUGUUCUUGCAGGGCGAGGGCUAUGCAACGCCUCUUUCGACGCCGGCGAGCUCCCCGUGCGGCACCAAGUACCACACUUACUCCUCGAUAUUCUUCGCCAACUUCCGGGAGCAGCAGCAACAAGCGAGGGAGGAGCGCGACCGGGAACGGGAGCAUGAUCGCCAGAGGCAGCUAAAUCUCCGGAUUGGCAAUCGGCUACGGGAGACGGCCAUCAACUGUACCAACAACGGAUCUGGAGCCGAAGCCGGGGACAAUAACAACGCCGACGCCAGCGAGGAGGAAGAAGACCAGGAGAACGGAAACGGAAAUGGCAACCGUGCCUACGUCACCACAGACACAUCCGGCACACUCUACUACGGCACACAGAGCAACAAGAUACGCAUCACCGAGAACCCACUGCCCGAGCCGGUCAGCUCCUAGAUUGUUACGCCCUACUCCUACCCUUCCCACAACCAAGAGAAACCAAAACUACGCCACACUAAGGUACACUAAAUAGAUGGUCAGGCCUUAAUCCACACACUGUUAAUGUUGUUACAAGCGAAAAGAGAGCAGAAAUAAUCACAAAGCAACAGCAGCAGCAGCCGCAGCGCAGCGCAGCCAAGUCAAGCCAAGCUUCAAAGUAAACUUAAAAGCCGAGCCGUGCUCCAAGAGACACCCCACACUCCAGUACACACACACUCACCGCUAGAGAAAAGUCCCAAUAAUUACGUUAGCCACCAAAGAGAAUACGUUCUUGUUUUCGCUUUCCCCGAUUAUCGAUCGAAAGAGAGAAAGAGUGCGGAGAGGCUCUAUCGAGAUAUUUGUAAUUUACACUUUGUGCCUGAGCGUUACGCAUGCAGUACAUAGAACAUAGCCCCCACAAGACACAAGAACCCCCAACAUAUAUCCAGCCAGAUCGGUACGGAUUGGCAGCUUAGGAAUCCUUUUUUUGACGAGCUUGCUUAGUUGUUGUGAAACGAAGCGUAACGAAAUCAGAAACGAACAAUAUACAAAAAUAUACAUAUGUGUGCAUGGAUAUAUCCGUGCACACGGAUGGAUCGAUUAAGAUCACGAUGAGGUAACGUAACUCAAAGAUUAAAAGCAUUUUCGCUUAAUGUUAAAACAAAAAUUAAAA